GCUUCCUUGAGUUCCGGAGUCGACUAGCUGCCUGGGCCGGAGCGGAGAUGCAGCCGCCGCCCCGAAAAGUGAAGCCGGCCCAGGAGGUGAAGCUUCGCUUCCUGGAGCAGCUGAGCAUCCUUCAGACCCGGCAGCAGCGAGAGGCAGACCUACUGGAGGAUAUCAGAUCCUACAGCAAGCAGAGGGCAGCCAUUGAACGGGAGUAUGGGCAGGCACUUCAGAAACUGGCUGGGCCAUUCUUGAAGAGGGAAGGACACCGGAGUGGGGAGACGGACAGCAGAGGCAGGAUGGUGUUCGGUGCCUGGCGCUGCCUGCUAGAUGCCACCAUGGCUGGGGGCCAAGCCCGGCUCCAGGCAUCUGACCGAUACCGUGACCUGGCUGGGGGCACGGGGCGGAGUGCUAAGGAGCAGGUGCUUCGGAAGGGAGCAGAGAACCUUCAGAGGGCACAGGCUGAGGUGCUGCUGUCUGUCCGGGAGCUGAGCCGAAGCCGAAAGCUGUAUGGGCAGCGGGAACGCGUGUGGGCCUUGGCCCAGGAGAAGGCGGCUGAUGUCCAGGCCAGGCUUAACCGAAGUGACCAUGGCCUCUUUCACACUCGGACCAGUCUUCAGAAACUCAGCACCAAGCUGUCUGCCCAAUCAGCCCAGUACUCCCAGCAGCUGAGAGCAGCCCGCAAUGAGUACCUGCUGAACUUGGUGGCCACCAAUGCCCACCUUGACCACUACUACCAGGAAGAACUGCCGGCCCUGCUCAAGGCUCUGGUCAGUGAGCUGUUAGAACACCUGAGGGACCCGCUGACCUCACUGAGCCGCACUGAGCUGGAAGCUGCAGAGAUGGCCCUGGAGCAUGCUCGCCGCGGGAGGCAAGUGACCUCCCAGGUAAGCUGGGAGCAGGAUCUGGAGCUUUUUCUUCAGGAACCUGGAGUGUUUUCCCCCACCCCACCUCAGCAGUUUCAGCCAGCAGGGAAUGAUCAGGUGUGUGUCCUGGAGCUGGAAGGGGGUGCAGGAGGUGUGGCGGGGGAGAGUGGCCUGGAGAAAGAAAUUCAACGCUGGACAAGCCGAGCUGCCCGAGACUAUAAGAUCCAGCAUCAUGGGCAUCGGGUGCUGCAGCGGCUGGAGCAGAGGCGGCAGCAGGCUCCAGAGCGAGAGGCUCCAGGCAUAGAACAGCGGCUGCAGGAAGUAAGGGAGAGCAUCCGAAGGGCACAGGUGAGCCAGGUGAAGGGGGCUGCCCGACUGGCCCUGCUGCAGGGAGCUGGCCUGGAUGUGCAGCACUGGCUGAAGCCAGCCAUGACCCAGGCCCAGGAUGAGGUGGAACAGGAGCGACGGCUCAGCGAGGCCCGGCUGUCCCAGAGGGACUUCUCUCCCACGGCUGAGGAUGCUGAGCUGUCUGACUUUGAGGAGUGUGAGGAGACUGGGGAGCUCUUUGAGGAGCCUGCCCCCCCAGCCCUGGCCACCAGGCCCCUCCCCUGCCCUGCCCAUGUGGUGUUUGGCUAUCAGGCAGGACGUGAGGACGAGCUGACCAUCACAGAGGGCGAGUGGCUGGAGGUCAUAGAGGAGGGAGAUGCCGACGAAUGGGUCAAGGCUCGGAACCAGCACGGUGAGGUAGGCUUUGUCCCUGAGCGCUAUCUCAACUUCGCGGACCUCUCCUUCCCUGAGAGCAGCCGUGACAGCGACAACCCUUUGGGGGCGGAGCCCACAGGUAAGAAAGGGACAAGAAUUGCUGAGUCAUUGUGGCCCUGGGAUGUCAUGGUCCAGGGCACGCUGCCUACCUCCUCCCCUCACCAUCUUUCCUGGGCUUCUACAGCGUUCCUGGCCCGUGCCCUGUACAGCUACACUGGACAGAGUGCCGAGGAGCUAAGUUUCCCUGAGGGGGCGCUCAUCCGCCUGCUGCCCCGGGCCCAGGAUGGAGUGGAUGAUGGCUUCUGGAGGGGAGAAUUUGGGGGCCAUGUUGGGGUCUUCCCCUCCCUGCUGGUGGAGGAGCUACUUGGCCCCCUAGGGCCAUCUGAACUCUCAGACCCUGAGCAGAUACUGCCAUCCCCUUCCCCUCCCAGCUUUUCCCCUCCUGCACCCACCUCUGCUGUGGAUGGAUCCCCUGCACCUGUCCUGCCCGGUGACCAAGACUUGGACUGCCCUGGGUCUCUGGAUAUGAUGGCACCUCGACUCAGGCCGAUGCGUCCACCGCCUCCCCCGCCAGCUAAAGCCCCAGAUCCUGGCCACCCAGAUCCCCUCACCUGAAGCCGGGGGGACUCUCCAUCCCCUAGUGAUGCUGCUGCCCCAUCUCCGUGCUGUCAGACUGCCCCUCCCCAUGGUGAUCCAAAGCGACACAGUCAAAUGCUGGAAUCUCCCUGAUUUCCAUUCUCACCUUCAGGGGUAGACACUACUUCUCCACCCAUUUCUGGGGCUGGAACCCACUCCUUUUCCUCCAUGAUCCUUCAGCCAUCUCUGGGGCUGAAACUACCCCCUUUCUCUUCUGCCUCCACCCCAUCUCUAGGGUGGUGAACUACCCUGAAAUCUCUGGGACUGGAAUUUGUCCCCCGAAGUCUUGAGUGACUCUGGCUCAUUUGUGUCUCCACCCUGAUUCUGUGAACCACCCCACUACAGAUGCCAGUGCCACUGGGGUUGGGGCCUGGGAUGGGGAUAGGCCUGUCAGAAGGAGCUGGAGCCAGUAUGCGAAGCAGCUGUAAUGGUCUGAGCGGAUUUAUUGACAGUGAAUAAAGGUCACAAAGCCCGAGCCAGGGCCUGGGCCUCUUGUGCCAAGAGGACAGAGGGCCUAAGGUGCUAUUGCUUUAAGGGUCCACCAAGGGCAGGGGCCUGCUCCCAGCCGCCACGCUGUAGCACAUGGAGUGAGGUGAUGGGGAAGGUGGGUCAGGCGGCCUGCGGGCAGGCAGGGGAAGGGGAAGAGGCUGAGGGCCAGGGAUGGGACUUCUCCCCAGGUCCCCCCAGCCUGAGACUGUGCAACUCCAGGUGGAAGUAGAGUGGGUCCCUCAGCUGGGGGGCAGUGCUGUCCACUGGAGAGGAGGGGCUUCAUGCCCACCCACUCCCUGGCCUGCCAGCUGGUAGUCCGUCAGCACAGUGAAGGAGGCGGCUUGGAGGAAAGGAAGGAUGACUGUUGCCUCCUAUUCAAGCGGAGCCCCUGCUUUUCCCCAGAGGCUGCGGGACCUUCCCUACUCCCUGGAGCACAUGGCCACUCCCCACCACCAAACCAAGGAAUAUGUACCAAUGGCUGAGCCUGCGGUUGACCCCGGGAAUUCAGGGAACCAAUGGGCUGAGGUAGUUUCAUUUAGGGGUUGGGAGGAUGAGAUUGACUUGGGGCCCAGGCAGAAUCACCUCACACCCGCCCUGCUCCCCGUGGUGGGGACACCUGAGAGAGAGGAGGGGAGGACAAUGAGAGAACAGGACGUGGGUCAUACCAGUGCCCCUUGCAGAGCAGGGGCAAUAAGAGCUCAGCCCAUUGCAGCGCUGGCCAUGUCUUCAUACCUGGUGAUUUGAGGUGUCCUGUUUGCUUGACUGUCCGUUUGCUUCUUUUCUGGCCGGCCCUGGGCUUGGGCCCCUCCCUCCAGCCCCGAGCAUCGGCUCUGCAGAGGCUCCAGGGUUCCCCUCAAGUGCACGAGGGACUUGGCUGCUGUCCCUGAGUCCUCCAUUCUGCAUGGGGGUGCUGGCGAGGGUUGGGGGCUGCGGCCUCUCAGGGGGAAGGCUUUCGAUGGCAGGCAUCCCUGUCCUGGGCUGCCCUCCCCCAGGCCCCUGGCCGCCCCCUGGGUCCUGCCCCCCACCAGACCCCCAGCUCCUGUCCGUGGGAGAGCCGUCACGAUGCUCAUGCAGCCCAUAGCGCUUCUCAAUGUGCGUCACCCGGAACCUGGGAGGGGAGGGGACACGGGCUUAGGGCCACUACUCAGAGACUGCUUGGCUCUUCCUUCUGGUCAGGGACAUCCUGGGUUUGAUAGCCAUGUCCUUCUGAUCUAAGGCAGGGGAGACAGCCUCUGUGGGGCAUAUUGUGCAGCCUGACUCCUGCUGUAGCUCCCAGUCCAGGAAGCAAGAGCCAGGGCCCACCUUUGGAGUCAAAUGCCUGAGCACUGGAUCCCACCUCAACCUCCCUGUCACUGGGGUACUCUAUACCCACCUGCCCACAGAGAACACGGUGGUCUCCCCAGGCCGGGGGCGACUCUUUCCUUCCUUGGAGCGUCCCUGACGGACAAGUGGGGGUCUCUUGUUGCGGCUGCAGUGGAUGCACGGGGCUGAGGAGCCCAGGUGCACUGUGUGAUGAUGGGAGGGGGCUCCGUCUUGCAGGCUGGAGGUGGCAUCCACGCUGGAUGGUAGGGAGGAAGGGAGCAGGGGGGAACAUUCCCAUUUUUCUUCCUGUUUGUUCCCGUUCUUUCAGUGUGCUCCUUAUACCCCCCCAGAUGUCCCACUUCCCCCAGGCUGCGCCAUUCUUUUAUUGUCUUUAUCUAAUAAACUGAAUAUGAAGAU